AUGACGCUCAUGACUCCGGAUGUUCCGACGCUCAAGAAAGUCAAGAACAGGGUCAUAGGGAACCCAACGGAGAAACUCGCUUUGACGCAGGACGAGCGGUUCAUAAACGCUCUCGUGGACUGCGUUGAGCCGACCGCGUCGUAUGAUCCGCGCUAUGCAGAUACCCCGGAGGAUCUUCGAAUUGAGGCGGCUCAGGUAAUCUCAUCGCUCGCAUACGGGCCAGAGGCAGCUUUGAAGAACCUGCUGCGAUUUCAAGCACACCAGGCUUUCGUCUGUGCUGUCUCCAAUCUGCAACCUACCGAUUCCCCGGCCUUGAAGGCAGCGUUGGCGAGAGGGCUCAGAGUGUUAGGAUCGUCUAUUGCGGAUGUAGUGGGCCCUUCGAUGUGGGGGAUACGUGCUGAGAAAUCGGAGGCACGAGGCGAGGCGAAGGUCGCAUUAGAGUAUCUAUUCCAGGCCGAAAUUCUUGACCUUUGGCUGCCUCUUCUCGAAGACCCAUCUAUUCAGGUCACUAUGCCAAUAGCGCAGCUAAUUGCGUCCGCCAUACGCAGAGCGCCCCAUCGACAAGCUGUCGUGGAUUGGCUGCCUCCUGUGGAUAGGGCUAAAGAGAGCCGUAAACGUGGUUGGGAGAAACCAGUGAGGACAUCGGGGAAACAAGGUGGAUGGGCUGCUAGAUGUUUGACGGCACUCUGUCAAAGCCAGGAAGCGAAGGUGCAAGAAGCGGCCUUGUCUGCCAUAGCUGCAUUAGCCAAGGAGAACAAUCCCUUGUCCGUAGCACUGGAGACUCUUGGCCCUGACGGACAGUCCGCACGGUCUAUUGCAUUGUCAUUGUGUAAAUCUCGUUCCACGGAGGUCCAGAUUGCCGCAAGUUUAUGUGUAACAAGAAUUGUGCGAGCUACGACUAUAACAGAAUAUGGUCCUCUGCACAUUCAUCCCCCUGCUGUGGACUCACCGCUGGUCAUGGUCAUCUUACCUGUGCUCAACCGCCUAAUCGAGUCGCCGAAAGUAUCGCAUGAGGCCAAGAUGAAAGCGUGUUUCAUUCUCAGCUACCUAGUCACAGAUGAUCGGGAACUGUGCCAGUUAGCCUUCGAACGAGGUUCUCUCUCAAAAGUGUCUGAUCUCGCGAAGCAAAUCACACCUUUGGAGAAGAGCAGUGACUGGGACGAAGACGAACCUGAAAGCAUAUCUUGUCUUCGGGAGGCCGCUCUGACCGCCGUCGCCUGUAUAUCCAUGUUCGACAACGAUAUUCGGAGAGAAAUCACCGACAACCUGGACCUCCUCCCUGUCAUCCACGCGUCCUUGUCUCAUCGGCACGUCGGCGUACGGUAUGCGGCGUGCCAGUGCGUGCGAGCAAUUGCGCGCCACGUCGGUGCCCUGCGUACGAGUAUAGUCGACAACGAGUUGGGAAGUGGCAUAUUCCGGAUUUUCCAGAAGGAGGAAGAGGACCGGCAGGUUACGCAUGCUGCAUCAGCGGCGAUAUGUAAUUUGAUGAACGAGUCUUCGCCGUUACAGAAGGUAUUUCUUGAGCAAGGCAUCGUCACCCGGCUGAUUCAGUUGCUCAACGGCGAUGACCCUGCGCUGCGACUGAACGCCAUCUGGGCAAUUAAGAACACAAUGUACAGAGCGACCCACGAAGUCAAGAAGAACGUCAUGGGCCAAAUCGGCUGGGAGCAAUUUGCCAAUCUGUUGACAGAUCCAAGUGCGGAUAUCCAGGAGCAAGCAAUACAUGUCCUGCAGAACAUCGUGGAUUCGGAGGAGAAUAUCAAGAUGGUCUUCGAUGAGAUAGGCGGUGACGCACUGCUCAGUGCUGUGGAGGUUGCCCUGAAUUCGGAGAACGAACACGUCUUGCGCCAUGGAGCCGCACUGUUAUCCAACCUCGCAAAUGGUUCCGCGGCAUACCAAGACCAGAUCCUCGCACACCAGGAACUGCUGUCGGCGUUGCGGAACUGCCUCAUCGACCAUAACGUGGAAGUCCGCAAACCAGCCAUGGCGUGCAUCCUACAGCUGUCGAAGUCGAAUCUCCGCAGCCAGCAAGCCCUCCGGGACGCCAACAUCCACUCAGUGUUGCAGCGGAUGACCGACCACAGCCGUGGGAUCAGCUUGAGUCCGGGUGGGUUGGGCCGACACCAUCUCGGUGUGGAGGACAACUUGGAUGUUCGAGAGAUGGCCCGGGAAGCCCUGGAGUGGCUUGAGCAUGGCGAGGAUAUGCAAUGCUAG